AUGUCGUUUUCACGAGUUCCCACCAUUGCCCUGGACUUCUACAGAGUCCUCGAGCUUCCCGAGCGCUUGGAGUCCUCCCUAAGCAAGGAGGAGAUUAAGGAGCGAGUGAAGGCAGCCUAUUUCCGGGCCUUGUUGAAGCACCACCCUGACCGUGCCCAACUCAUUGCCAAUCGCAUCAACGAUGGCACUGACAGUUCUUCUGAAGCCUCCAACGUCACUGGAAGCAAUGUGAGCAAUGUAGCCUCGGCCAUCGUCGGCGAGCCUACCUGGACCGUGGACCAGAUUACCACGGCAUACAAGACUCUGAAGGAUCACCACCUGCGGGUCGAGUAUGAUUCUCGUCGUCGCCUAGACAGCCUCAACCAGCAGGUUGAACUCCGCAUCGCUGAUGAAUUCUUCGAUGGCACUGAUAUCAUCCACCUCGAUGAUAUGAUUUGCGACGAGGCUCUUGAUCUCCAGGACCAUGUCCAGUGGUUCUUUUAUCCCUGUCGCUGUGGCGAUUCCCGGGGUUACAUUGUUUCCGAGUGGGAUUUGCAGGAGGAGUUGGAGGUCGAUCCUGAACUCAGUGAUAUCAUUGUCCCCUGCCGUACUUGCAGUCUUUUCGUCAAGGUUCAUCUGGAUUAUGACUCCUCUCCUGAAACUACUAUUGAAGAGGAGAAUAAGGAGAAGGAGAAGAAGGAGGAGGUUCAAGAACAGUAG